GCCCUGGCCCGCGACGGCUUUCGCUGCAUGCUCAGCGGCGAGUACGACCUCAAUUCCGCCAAGCGCAAUCCCGCAAUUCGUUCAGACACCAGUUAUGGGAGGGCACACACGAAUUGUUGCCACAUCUUAUCUGAGUCCACGUUGCAAGAUGCCGACCCUGACAACCUGUACCACGAUAGCAAGAGGAGCUAUGCAGCAACCGUUCUCGCAGUCCUCGAAUCGUUCGGGCUGAAGUCAAUUGUGGCGGAAGUCACGAGGCAGAACGGCAUACACCAUCUAUCCAACGUCCUCACAAUGAUCACCCAGUUUCACCAACUCUUCGACAGCUUGCACCUUUGGCUUGAGGCUACAAACACACCGAGUGAGUACAAGAUAUGUGUGGCUGACGAGGGCGACCUCUCGCUGUACGCCCUAAAGACGCGAACGGUCCGCUUUGAAGUCCAUGUCCCGGGUCGAGAUGAUCUUCCUCUGCCUGACCCUCGACUACUUGCUGUUCAUGCAGCGUGCGCACGUGUCGUUCAUAUGUCCGGAGCUGCUGAGUAUAUGGACAAGUGCGAUAGGGAUGCCGAGGACAUGCAGGUUCUUGCAGAGGACGGCUCAUCAAGUGCAGUCCUUCUCGAGCAACUCCAAAGAAUUGCUAUUUUGGCGUCGUAGGGCGCAACAUGUUGUGCAAUACUUGUUCUGACCUUGCGCCGGAUUAUACCGCUUUCAAGUGUAUGGUGUCUUGUGGUGUGUCGUUUUACUGCAGAGAUGUAUUGUAGCUAUUCGAAGUGCCCAAUCCCGAUGUACUGUUAACCAUCUGCAUCUCCCAUUAUCACUUACGACUCAUUGUCCAAGAGCCAAAUGAGCUCCUCGCCCUGCAUGCUCGGACCGACCUUGAUCCCAGUUGGAUUCCUGAUCCCACGGAAGUACUCGAUGUGCGCUCCGUUCAGCUGUCGCGUGCGGUCUCCGAUCCAGAGGAAGUGCGCCGACAUAUUGUAGAACGCCGUCGGCCUCGGGCCCUCACUCUCCGGUUUGCUCGAAUCUGGGAGCGUGAACGCAUGCGUCAUCGCCCCCUCGAAGUUGAGCAUCAGGCCCUCGCGGCUGGUGUAGAAAUCGACCUCGCCAAGCAUGCUUCGGCUGCCGCCCUUCUCGUAUAGCGUGCUCUCCCAGCCAAGGCCAAUGGUGCGCGUGAAGCCGAGCGCGUCCUGCAGGCUUUCCGUGAUGCGCUCGAACUCUUUGCGCAGCCCCGGCGAGCUCACGUGCGAGAGCGACCAGUCACGCGGGUGGUGCAAAGACGCAAAGCCCGAGCUCAGCAGGCCACGGAUGUAGUUGAGCGUUGUCGUAGAGUGGAAGUAGGCGCUCAGCAUGCGUUUCGCGUCAGGCGUACGGUCAUCCGGCGAAAGGCCGUUGGCGUUGUCGCCGCUAUGAUAUGCCCUCAGCUCCUGAAACAAAGAGGCAUGAAGCGCUGGCAACUGUACCGGAAACUGAGGACUUCACGAUCGCUGAUCUUCUCUAUCGCGCUGCUGCGCGGUUCGGCGUACCGGCCAGCCACAUGGCCUAUCCGGACCUACUGGUAGUCGGGCACCCCAGAUGAGGAUGAGCGAGACAGAGAGGAUGAGUCCGAUCUUGUUGGAGAUAUGUUGCGCAAGCUCGUGUGUGCAAGCAUCAAAGCUCUCGGCGCAGUCAUCCGCAUGUAAGAGGAAAGCUUCAUUGCGUUGGACCAUGACUGAGUUGAUACCGAAGUCGUUCGAUAUCAGAGGGGGUUACAAGAGGCGGCAGCUGUUUUAUCUUCGCCAAUACUUUCCGGUGCAGCGGAGCUGCUAGUGAUUCUGCGCCGGACUUCGGUUUUGGUGCGCAGGGGCAUAUCUGUAUCGAGAAAACAUUGGAAAACAAUCUGAGAAGUGUCAGAGCAUCAGAGACGCGGAGCUACUCGUGCUCUGAUUGAGACUCGAGAGUGGUAACGGCGCACCGGUUGUCCUGCGCAGCAGUAGCAACGUAGCUACAUGGCAGCCCAUUGUUUGGAGCCCGUAAGGCAUUGUGCACCUAACCCACAUGCUCUACGAGCACUUCCUUCUUGACCUAUACAGAAUGCCCAGGUCUUGAUGAGGGUGUCGCUCCAUGCUUGCGGGGUUCCUCGCACCCCGCGCAGCCUGCCCGUCCACUGGCUGCAGCGCCACGAACAAGUCCAGCUGCCCAACCGGAGUCCACGAGAUGUUGUUAUUGUCGGUAAUGUGUCACAUGAACAUUGGUGUCCCACCGGCUAUUGUCUGUGGUGAGACCUAAAAGCCGAGACUACUAGAUGUCAUGGUUCCGCGUCCUCUUCCUCCUCUCCAUACUGCUCUUGCCAGGUGAGGACCUUGCCGCCGCACGCACGCGACAGCGCG